AAUCAUUUCAAUUCAUAAACAGACCAGGCGGGACAACUCUCUUAAAUGCUCUGUCAUCAUGAAUCCAUCGGAUACUAUGGAGAAAGUUGACACUGCUAUGGUGAACGAAAAGUGUCUUGGACACAAAAGUCAGCGAUAUUACCGUCAAUUGUUCGGAAAAGCAAGCUUACGAUAUCAAUUGCGGGAAUUUCUCUUACCAUAUGUUCGUAGAGAAAGCUUGUACCUUCAUAAAAUACAGACGCAUACAAGGAGAUCAUGGCUAGAUAAUUACUUCUCCUACAGCGCUACCCUUGGUACUCAUGUCUUCUUUAUGCUUGCAUUGCCAAUCUUCUUCUGGUCCGGAUGCAUAAACUUUACGCUGGACAUUACGCAGUUGUUUGCAGCAGGGGUUUAUGUCAGUGGCAUCGUGAAAGAUUUCCUUUGUUUACCACGGCCAUUAUCACCACCUCUGAUUCGUUUGACUUUGUCCUCUGAUGCCGAGUGCGAAUAUGGGUUUCCAAGUACACAUACAACGAACGCAGUUUCCACAGGCUGUUAUUCGAUAUUUUUUCUCAUAAGUGUGAAAGAUUCAAUUUCCCCUCUCAAAUUUAGUUCUCUUCUGCUUCUUAGCCUUGUCUACAUUUUUUCGAUUUCACUGGGUCGGAUCUAUUGCGGAAUGCAUGGAUUUAUGGACGUAAGUGUUGGCUCUCUCAUGGGACUUUUUCUAGCAUGCAUUCAAUGGAAAUAUGGUGAUCUUUUUCAUUCCAUUUGUACAAGUGCAUCUUUCCAUGUGCCCAUUGGGGUUGCUGCACUUUCCCUAUAUCUUAUAUGGUUACAUCCCUUGCCUGCUGAACAAUGUAUUUGCAUUGAUGAUAGUAUUUCUUUUGUUUCAGUAAUUAUGGGUAUUGAUAUGGGGACAUGGCUUUCAUCUCCGGAGUCUAUAAAUUAUUUAAUAAGCGAUAUCAACGCGUUUUUCCUCAUACGGUUCAUGCUUCGAGUUAUUUUCGGUGUUACUAUGAUUCUUUUCUGGAAGUCUUUCGCCAAACAAGUUCUGUUAUCGGUUUUACCACAAAUUUAUAAAACGUUACGCAUUGGUCAUUGGCAGUCUUCGUCCGGGUCAAAAGGGAUUCAUGCCGCUAGUGGUUCCAGUCAUGUGUUAGGUACCACUAAAACACCUUUGGGAAAUGUUUCUGCUCAUGAAUGUUACGAAAAUCCUUCUUGCUUUGACUCAGAGACAAUGGCUAGGAUCAUUAUUUAUGCAGGGAUCGGAUUUCUUUCCACUUACUUUGCUCCAAUCGUAUUUCGCUGCUGGAGAAUCUAAGUUUCUGCUCUUUGUACAAGGAUUUGAUAUACAAAACAUCAAGAAAAACUUCCUUCUUUUACAUAAUGUUCUGACUUUUAGGUAUUCUUUGACAUAUUCUUACUCAUCUCUUAUCGAAAUCGAAGUGACUUUUAUUGUUUAAUUAAAAUUGACUCAGUGGAAGAUAUAAACCUCGAUUUUCAAUUAUUGGCUGUUUAUAUUUUCUUUCGAGACUGUGCAAGGUUAUCAUCGCUAGUUAGUCACCCAUUUGGUUUCCUUUAUGGAUUGUUUUUAUGAUUGUUUGGUUGCGUACUCAUUACGGUUAUUUCUUUUGGUUUUUCGUUGUUUCAGUUUGUAAGUAUAAAUUUAUCGUGUUUAAAUAGCUUUCUUUUUAUUAAUUUA